CAGGAAGUAUAUAGUAAUUUUGGUUAGUGGUUAUACGCAGUAUCAGAUUAACAAUGACAUUUUUUUCCUUCUUCGUUCUGUUAUUGCUGUCUCUUACUUUUUCAGAUUUGUUUGUGCAAAUCCAAGGCUUUAAUUUUGGAAUCAACUACGGGCAAUUGGGCGACAAUCUUCCAUCUCCCUCUGAUGUGGCUGUUCUGAUAAAAUCUCUGAAAGUUUCUAAAAUCAAGCUCUAUGAUUCUAAUCCAGAUAUUCUAUCUGCAUUCGCCAAUUCAGGUGUGGAAUUCAUAGUAGGAACGAAGAACGAGGAUCUACCUAGUUUGAGAGAUCCUUCUAAUGCUCAGAGGUGGAUUCAGCAGCAUGUUCAACCUUAUAUUUCACAAACUAAAAUCACUUGCAUAGCUGUUGGAAACGAGGUUUUCGACUACAACAACCCUCAGCUCACAGCAAGUCUUCUUCCUGCAAUGCAAAGUAUGUAUAAUGCUCUGGUUAGUCUUGGACUUGCACGGAAGGUUACUGUUACUUCUGCUCAUUCUUAUAAUGUUAUAGCCUCUUCAUUCCCUCCUUCAUCUGGGGCGUUCAAGCAAGAUCUAAUACAGUAUAUUCAACCCAUUCUUAGUUUUCAUGCUCAGACCAAAUCACCCUUUUUCAUUAAUGCUUAUCCCUUUUUUGCAUUCAAGGGAAACCCAAAUCAGAUUUCCUUAAACUAUGUGUUGUUUCAGCCUAAUUCAGGGUCUAUUGAUCCAGUUACCAAUUUGCAUUAUGAUAACAUGUUGUUUGCUCAAAUUGAUGCUGUCUACGCUGCUAUUAAAAAACUGGGCCAUGCUGAUAUUGAAGUAAAGAUUUCAGAGACUGGUUGGCCUUCUAAAGGUGGUCCUGAUGAAAUUGGUGCAACACCACAGAAUGCAGAAAUAUAUAAUAGCAAUCUGUUGAAGAAGAUAGAACAGAAACAGGGCACUCCUGCAAGGCCUUCUGUUCCUGUUGAUGUCUUUGUUUUUGCACUUUUCAAUGAGAAUUUGAAACCUGGUCCUUUAUCUGAGAGAAACUUUGGUCUCUAUUAUCCUGAUGGAAACCCAGUUUAUAACAUUGGAUUAGAAGGUCAUGUCCCAGAAACGACUGGGGAGUCCUACUCUAAAUCUAACGUGCUGUCCAUCAAUUUUGUCUGCAUAUUUGCAUUUUUGUCGUUCACUUGGGAGCUUUCAAGGCACUGAUAAGGAAUAUAACAAAACAAAUAACUUUAUAGAAUUCAUUCUUUUGUCAUCAUAAUCUGUCUAAUUGGAAGGUAUAGGAUAAUUCAAAUUCAUCAUCAAAUUCUAAGGAGAA